UGUCAGUAGAGGCCACGCCUAUCGAGAAGUUGGAAGCCCGUCCCCGUUGGGACCCGCUGGCACGCCGCUCGUGCCGGCCCUGACACAUUCGACAAGCGGCGCCGUAACGGGAAGCAACGCGCGGCUGGGGACCUCGAAGGACCUCUCCUCUGGUUACGAGACACCCUACCGACACUUUCGUGCCGGCGAUACGCACCACAUCGACAUUGCCCGCUGCUCAGAUUACCGCUGCACUACGCGUAUCCGCCACGAUUACAUCAUCCCAGGUGGAUCGUUGGAACAUCUCGAAGGAGUUCGCGGGUACACGCUUGGGACCACGAUCGAGCAAUCGAACGUUUCGAUAUCCCGAAGAAAUUGAGAUCACCAGUUUUCCAUCUGACGUUUACUCCGGCGAUCAGACUGCGGCGUGUUUAACGGGAAAUAUCGAGUGAUACCGAGAGUGAGAAAGUUUAGUGAGGGACGAGAGGGACGGCGGACCGGUUUUGUAAACAAAGCCGAGUGAGUAAACAGAGUGGUUCAGUGGAACAAACGGCGGAGACGAGAGCAGUCGUGGCGUCGAUCAGUAGUCGCGUGCUCGUGAUCUACGGGGUAGUAUAACGCGGGACGCGUGUGCGCCGACACGCGGUCGGCAAGGAAUUUCAUGGUGUGACAGGUUGUAAAGAUAUUGAUGCGCAGCCACGAGGCGUCAGCACCACCAUACCGCGCGAUUGAUGCUUGUCCCUGAAGACGCGUCCUGAUCGAGGGGCGAGCGUCUCUCUGUCGCAGAUCAACCGCGAACGGCUCGCGAACGAGCCGAUUAACGUUAUUCGAGAAGGGUGACAACGCGAAGGUGAAAGCCUGUUGCCCCAGGAGAGUCCGUACGGCUUCACGACGCGGUCCGACGAGUGGAGUGGUCUCCUGCCCAGCUCCACGAUCGUGGGUGCUGGGGGGUCGCCAUGGCUCGGACUUGGCGCUGGGGGUGGCACCGGGGCCACCACCGGGGGUGGAAGCCCCGUCGAACUCGAAGGCCACUGGGGACGUAAGCUGUACGGGGCGAGUGUAGCUCCACCACCGCCGCCCCCGCAUCACCACCCGCGGGCGCCUCUCGUUUUCGCGCCUCAGGACAUGAGGCAGAUACUCAAGGAGGAACCUGUGCCACGUGCUUGGCCACAGCCCGCGCUAGCCGACAACGGAACAGUCGGAGUCGGCAGAGCACACUUCGAGAAACAACCACCAAGUAAUUUGAGGAAAAGUAACUUCUUCCAUUUCGUGAUCGCUCUCUACGAUCGACACGGUCAACCGAUCGAGAUAGAAAGGACCUCCUUCAUGGGUUUCGUCGAAAAAGAUCAGGAAUCCGAGGGUCAAAAGACGAAUAAUGGGAUUCAGUACAGCCUGCAUCUGCUUUACUCCAAUGGUGUCAGACAGGUGCAGGAUAUCUACGUCAGGCUCAUCGACUCUGCGACCAAACAGGCUAUCAUGUACGAGGGACAAGAUAAGAAUCCUGAGAUGUGCAGGGUCCUUUUGACUCACGAGGUGAUGUGCAGUCGGUGUUGCGAUAAGAAAAGUUGCGGGAACAGAAACGAAACACCCAGCGAUCCUGUGAUCAUCGAUCGAUUCUUCCUCAAGUUCUUCCUCAAGUGCAACCAAAACUGCCUUAAGAAUGCCGGCAAUCCCCGCGAUAUGAGACGCUUCCAGGUGGUCAUUUCCACGCAAGUAGGAGUAGAGGGACCACUACUGGCAGUCUCGGACAACAUGUUCGUUCACAACAACAGCAAACAUGGUCGUAGAGCGAAACGAUUAGAUCCCAGUGAUCCCGGCGAAUACAACAGUCUUUAUACGCCUGUACCUCUCCAAACACCGUGCAUAAAAGCGAUAUCACCGAACGAAGGAUGGACUUCUGGUGGAUCCACGGUUAUAAUUAUCGGCGAAAACUUCUUCGAUGGGCUUCAAGUAGUUUUUGGAUCGAUGUUAGUUUGGAGCGAGUUAAUCACACCGAACGCAAUCAGAGUGCAAACUCCUCCGCGACAGAUACCUGGUGUAGUCGAAGUCACGCUUUCUUAUAAAACUAAACAGUUUUGUAAAGGAGCACCCGGAAGAUUCGUUUAUGUUUCCCUAAAUGAACCCACGAUCGACUACGGCUUCCAAAGGUUACAGAAACUUAUUCCCCGACAUCCUGGCGACCCAGAGAAAUUACCGAAGGAAAUCAUACUGAAAAGAGCGGCAGAUCUCGCAGAAGCUCUGUACAGUAUGCCCAGAAGCGGAAACACAGGGAUCACAGGAGCACCUAGGAGUCCAGGAUCGGGUCAUCCGCCUGCACCUCCGACAUCCAGCUCGGCGACGGCGUUCAAUUCGUAUACAGGACAACUCGCAGUGACGGUACAAGAAAAUGGCACUGCCGCAAAAUGGACGGAUGACGGUAGUUCCGUGACGACAGGAGCCGGUGCUGGAGGCGGUGGCGGCGGUGGUGGUAGCGUAGGAGGAAGCGUCGGUGGUAGCACUGACGCGUAUAGACAAAGCAGCAGUGCGAGUCCACGUGGGGUCGUAACCGGUGGUGGUUAUUGCGGAAGUUCAGCCAGUACACCUCACAGUCACAGCACAAACGGAAGUUAUUCAGUGGCCAAUCCGUAUACUGGUAGUCCGACUCUUUAUACAUCACGACUAGGGGAGGUGGUUGGUUCACCGUUCAACAUGAAUCCAUUUAUGUUGCCGACCUGCAGCCAAGGAUAUUCGAAUGCCGCCAGUCCGUUGCUCUCGUCGAAUGGGAAAUAGUGUUACGAGAUGUAAGCUCCGACGAAAAUAUCGAGGGUCUGUGUGUUCACGGAAGCGUAAUCCAUCGUCACGAAGGAUUUUAUGCUGUAACAUUCUCAUAAUCAUCGUACUUGUAAUUGACAAUCGCUUUCUUGAAUCCGAAUCGGUCCUCUCGAUUCGCCUUUUUCUUCUUUUUUAUUUAUUUUUUUAUUAAACAAGGAAACGUGUUCAGGCGAUUUUCGUCGGAGCUGUUCGGGAUUGUAUGAAAACCAGUGCAAAGAAAAAAUUUAAAUAACGUUUUACGAUUAAUUAUGAUCGAAAUAAGAUAAGGAAUGAUACAUAUCGAAGCACAUGGCAGUGUUUUCUGUAUCUACUGACGUAGUCGUUCGAUUGAAGCGGGAAGCAAUUAAUCGGCCGUAUGUUAUCUAUUUACGAAGAAUUUAUAGAAAUGAUUUCGCUAUGAUAUACGAAAACAUAUGCAGAGUUUAUUUUAACAGGGAAAUACGUGUUAAUAUAUUCUGAGAAACAACCGAACGACUAUAGAACGUCUUUUCGUAUUGCUAUUUUUCAUAUAGCUAACCGAACGCGAAAAGAAGAAUUUUAUCAAUUUUAAUACCUCCUUUGCCCUACGUCUCCACUCGUAUACGAAAUCAAACUUGUGGCAAAAAUAUUUUCCAGGUGUCUUUCAUCGAUUUCGUAGCAAAGACGCUUUCAUAAUUUGUCUAAUUAUGUAUCUGGGAAUUUUUCGAAAUGCAACUGUAUACGCAGACGGGGAACGUUCACAGGGUGUUGAUCAAUUUUAUAUCAAACAAAGCAGAGAGGCUAAUUGAGGCUCGAGGAUACCACUAGAACUGCUACUAUAGAUUAUUAAUAUCUUAUCAAUCACUUGAUGAUAUUAAACCUAGAGAAUGUAAGUUGAACAAAUUAUAGGAUUAAAAUAAUUUACUUGGAUUUCUAGAUAAUUCAAAUUUAUAUCAUUAAAAUUAAUUGAC